GGGAAAGAGUUAUAUAGUCCUAUUCUUUAGUCUCAGGCGUUUAGUGAGCCUGUACUCCUGCGCUGUGACCUUGACAAGUGCUUCUCAGCCUUUUUUAUCCACCCUUUUCUCCCACCCUAAAUUGGGACAAGCCUAAACUAGAGCUGGGAUUUUCCCCUCCCCCCACGUCAAAGAUGACAGGCGCCGCAGAAGGAGCUUUCCGGAAGGGAGGUUAGGCUCUGAUAUCUCUUGAGGACAGGCUUUUUUUAAAAAAAAAAAAAAGGAAUAGAAUUGAAUGCUCUGGGCAUAUUUCAAAAUGAGUGUAUUUCACCUCUCCCUGCAAGAAGCACGAGGGGGAUUUUUGCCCUGAUUUUUGUCCAUUUGCCCUGGGAAACUGGUAGCGCUCCUGGCAAUAAAAAGCACAAAAGUGGGAGGGCUCCGCUCCUCCCCCUAGAGUUUUAACUCUCCAGGUUGUCUACACUGAGCCUCCAGCCACUCAUCAAUCAGUUUAAGUGAUCCUACUGGUACUGGCUCCAGCAGUGAGUGGACUCUGCUCCCGGGGAAAUUUGGACACAGACGCACAACCAGGGAGAACAUUGUCUGAAGAGGAGGGAGAAGACGGCCGUCUACAAGCCAAGGAGAGAAGUCUGGAACAGACCCUCCCCUCACAGCCCUCAGGAGUAACCAGCCCUGCUGACACUUCAUCUGGGACUUCUAUCUUCCAGAACUGGCAGGCUCUGUUUUGCAGCAGUCACUGGACUUUGGAACAAUGACUUCUCAGUUGCUGGCUUAUGUGGCAAUUUCAGCUUUCUGUGUCUUAAAAGCCAGCUCCCUGGAUACUUUCAUUGCAGCUGUUUAUGAGCAUGCAGUGAUAUUGCCCAAUGCCACCCUAACACCAGUGUCUCGUGAAGAGGCGUUCGAAUUAAUGAGCCAGAAUCUAGAUGUCUUGGAAGGAGCAAUCACGGCCGCAGCAAAGCAGGGUGCACAUAUUAUUGUGACUCCAGAAGAUGGUAUUUACGGCUGGAACUUCUCCAGGGAAACUCUCUACCCAUACUUGGAGGAUAUCCCAGACCCUCAAGUAAACUGGAUCCCCUGUAAUGAUCCUAACAGAUUUGGCCACACCCCAGUACAAGAAAGACUCAGCUGCCUGGCCAAGAACAACUCUAUCUACGUUGUAGCAAAUAUUGGGGACAAGAAGUCCUGCAACACCAGUGACCCACAGUGUCCCCCUGAUGGCCGUUACCAAUACAACACUGAUGUGGUAUUUGAUUCUCAGGGAAAACUUGUGGCACGCUACCAUAAGCAAAAUCUUUUCAUGGGAGAAGAUCAAUUCAAUUUACCCAAGGAGCCUGAGGUUGUGACUUUCAACACCACCUUUGGAAGGUUUGGCAUUUUCACGUGCUUCGAUAUACUCUUCCAUGAUCCUGCUGUUACCCUGGUAAAAGAUUUCCAUGUGGACACCAUACUCUUCCCAACAGCUUGGAUGAAUGUUUUGCCACUUUUGUCAGCUAUUGAAUUCCACUCAGCGUGGGCUAUGGGCAUGGGUGUCAAUUUUCUUGCAUCAAACAUACAUUAUCCCUCAAAGAGCAUGACAGGAAGUGGCAUCUAUGCACCUGAUUCUCCAAGAGCAUUUCAUUAUGAUAUGAAGACAGAGAAGGGAAAACUCCUUCUUGCACAACUGGAUUCCCACCCUUACCACCCUGUAGUGGCAAAUUGGACUGCUUAUGCCAGCAGUAUAGAAGCACUCUCAAGGGGAAACAAGGAAUUUAAGAACAUUCUCUUUUUUGAUGAAUACACCUUCGUGGAGCUCACAGGAGCCAUGGGAAAUUACACCGUUUGUCAGAAAGAUCUCUGCUGUCAUCUAAGCUACAAGAUGUCUGAGAAGAGAUCAGAUGAAGUUUAUGCCCUAGGGGCAUUUGAUGGACUGCAUAUUGUUGAAGGACGCUAUUACCUACAGAUUUGCACUCUGUUGAAGUGUGCAACGACUGACUUAAACACUUGUGGUGACCCAGUUGAAACUGCUUCCACCACAUUUGAGAUGUUCUCCCUCAGUGGCACUUUUGAAACCCAGCAUGUGUUCCCUGAGGUGUUGCUGAGUGAAAUUCAGCUUGCACCUGGAGAAUUUCAGGUAUCAAGUGAUGGACGCUUGUUCAGCCUGAAGCCAAUAUCUGCACCUGUAUUAACAGCAACUCUGUUUGGGAGGUGGUAUGAGAAGGAUGGAGCAUUAAAUGUUUGAUCAGCCCUCACGGCACAGGCACUAAUAAUAAUGCUUAUAGUUAUAACACCUAUUGUAUAUUCAGUAUAUUGGUAAAAUAUUUAUAUUUCCCAUUUUAUUUUGGAUAAUUUAAAAAAUGACGGAUGAGAAAAGGAUUGGUCUGGAUUUUUGCUAAUUGCGGUCUCUGGUGUAAAUGAAUUACUAAUAUACAUUUAUGUAGCCAAACACACAUAACAUAAU